UGGUGGGGAAGCGUUGUUGGAAUCGUUUAAGCCGCCACAAUUUACACAGUUUUUCGAAAUCGUAUUAAAUUUUAAGUGCAAAUUACUAUAUAAAACACAGUAGCCCUUGCGCGGUUUUCGAAAAGCUGUACAUAUUCACUAGAAUUAAUAGGCUAAUCGUCGCUGCGGCGACCGACAAUUUUUGGCAAUGUCGGAUGGCAGUGAUAGUGACAACGUGCCCGCUGACGGCGCGAUGGAAGACGGCGAGCCAGCACAACCACCUCCCGAUGGAUUUUUAGAUAUUCCGUUGUACGGAAGCGAAAAUAGCGACCAGGGCGACCCUCCUGCAGAUGGCGAUGGUGAUGAAGGUGGUGGUGAUGGUGACGGUGAGGGUGAGGGGGACGCUGAGAGCAAUGGCGGUGAGAAUGAUAAUGAGGAGCAGGACACCGCUGCCGAAAGACGGUCCGCCACCAAAAGGGAGGUGACGCAGAUUAUUGAUAAAUGGGAGCAAGAGCAAACACAGAAUGGUUACGACCCUGUUCCCACCUUAAAAAAGCUGGCCGAAAUUUUUGAGCGCGAGCAGGAUGUAUAUAUGCGAAAGGAUCCAGAUCCUUUGGAUAUGAGGCAUCCUUAUCGAACCGACCCCAGCUGCCAGUACGGCCUGCUGCUAAAGUUACUAUUUCGCAAGGAUAUGUUUAUGGGCAAACUUGUCAACGAUUAUCUACGCGAGAACUUCUUUACUAGACAAAAUGUUCAACGCAGCUCACUUGAAUUAAACAUAAUUGCCUGUCGCUUAAUACUGGUAAUUAGGCCAGGCCUAGAGGCGUCGGCUGUAUUUCAAACCGACGAUGGCGUUAUUGCCCGGCUAUACGGCUGGGCAGAAGACAGCAUUGAGCCAUUGCAGAGCUAUGCCACCGGCUUAUUGGCCUCCGCAAUGGAGGUAACUGAUAUCGCCAUCACCUGCCGCGAUCAGAACAUGCGAUUGGUGCCCAAAAUGAUCAAACGUCUGCACAUGCUGCUGGCUAUAAGCAAAAGCGGCUCAACAACGGGCAACAUAGACCACAACACAUCAGCUGACAGUUCAUCAUCGGCCAUGUUAAGUUGGAUGCCUUGCGCCGCAUCGGCGCCGCAGUCGCCGCAACACAAUGGCACUGCUAGUACUGUAGGCAACUCUGUGCAUUUGGAAAAUGUGGGCAACAACUCCAAUAUGUCGAUCCUAUUUGAUAACAGUCGCGAUGCGUUUCCAAGUUCCUCGCGUUUCUACAAGCGCAUGUAUAUACCAUUGCAUCCGCCGUCUGCAGACGCCAGUCAAAUGCUAAUUAUGCGCUUCCUCACCAGUCUGGGCGAGUACCAAGAAUUUCUGGCUAUGUCUUUUGAACACAACGUAAUACAAUUGAUAUUCGGUUACCUGGAAAACUUGGAUCAUCGCGAUACCUGUCUUGCCUACGAAGUGCUGAAGUACCUGGCAUCAUUGCUCUGCCACAAGAAGUUUGCAUUGGAGUUUAUAGCACACGGCGGUCUGGAGUUGCUAUUGAAGGUGCCACAACACAGUUUAGCCACAACCGGCGUCUCCAUUGCCAUUUACUACUUGGCCUAUUGUGAAGAUGCCAUGGAGCGCAUCUGUAAUAUGUCAAGUAAUGUGAUAUCUGAUCUGGUUCGCUAUGCUCUGCGAAUACUCGGACGCUGCCAUGACUCAGCCAAAUGUCAUGCCACCAUGUUCUUCAGUCUAAGUUUCCAGUUUAAGGUCAUACUUGAUGAGUUCGACUCACAAGAUGGUCUACGCAAGUUGUACAACGUCAUAUCUGUACUGAAGAUUCUCGAUCCCAGUCAUAACGAUAAUGACAUCGAUUUGGAUAUUAAUGAUGACAUGGAAUGUGCGUCACGCCAAAUGGUGCGCCAUGUUUGUUUGGCCCUGAAGCGCUACAUGGAGUCACACUUUUUCUAUAAAUACACCAACUUUCUGCGCCAGCACUAUGCUUCUUCUUCGUCCAACUACUUCAACCAAAAACCGAUGGUGGCAGCCAAGGUCACUUUCGAUCAGAUUCACGAACAGAUACGCACUCUACAAGAACACACAUCAGUGCGUGCACGUUGGGAGCCAGUGGAUCAGCUAAUGAAACUUGGUGGUAUUACCAUGCUAUUGCGUAUCAUUGCCUUUUCUUAUGAUUGGGUAAAUACCGGCCGUUCGGAAACUGUGCGUUCCGCCCUCGAUGUGUUAUCCGUGUGUUGCGUCAUACCGCGCGUAUAUUUGGCUCUUUGUGAGCGCCUCCAGAUGCUCGACAAGACUACUACCUCAGGAUUUUGUUCGGUGUUGGGUGCAGCCGCCGGUGAAAUCACCGCAGAUGCAGAAGUGCAAAAAUCUGCACUUGCUGUUCUCUGUCACUGCGUGUGUUCGCCCAUAAUUCGCAAGGACCCAAACACUUUAAUUAAAUUUGGCAAUUCAUCUCGCAAAAAUAAGACCAAUCACAAAUACUCGGAGGAGCUGGUCGAGAAGGUUUGGGAAUCAGUAUGUUCCAACAAUGGCAUUGUGGUGCUACUUUCACUAAUGCAGACUAAGGUUCCCAUAACCGACGCAGAUUGCAUACGGGGCAUGGCCUGUCGAGCUUUAGCCGGGCUUGCACGAUCAGAUCGUGUGCGUCAAAUUGUGAGCAAGCUACCACUCUUUGCUAGCGGUCAGCUUCAGACUCUCAUGCGUGAUCCCAUAUUGCAAGAGAAGCGUGCCGAGCAUGUAAUCUUUCAAAAAUAUGCGCUUGAGCUACUUGAACGAAUUUCAGGCAAAACAAAACCACUCAAUAAUCCACUUGAUCCCUCACUAUCCAACAUGCACAAGGCCAAUGUAAUAGCACAGACACGCAUUCAGUACAAUGAGCAACAGCUGUAUCAACUAAUCCUCGAGCAUUUGGAGAGCAAGGGUCUGGGGCAGACGGCGCAAAUGCUACAACGUGAGGUGGGACUGCCCCUGCAGACGACUACAAUACGAAAUUUCCAUCAUUCGCCAUUCGAUUACAAGGCCUUGCCGAUCGGAUCAUCUAUAUCGCGCAAUCGACUGCGCAGUCGGAUGCAGGAUGUAAAUGCGGCCAUUAAUAAUAGUGCGAUGGACACAAAUCUGAAUAGCAGCCUGGUCGAUGAGAGCUCAUCACCGCAUUGUCAAGCGGUUGCAACUUCUAGCAUAAGCCAUCUAAAUGCGCAAACACCCAUUAAGAUACGCAAAACUGAUCGUUCAAGCGGAAGCAACAGCUCCUCCGCUUCCUUACUUCAUGGUUUUCCCAGUCAGCGGUCAAUGCAGAAACAAAUUUUCUCCACUUCGGGUCUGAACUUUACUGAGCCUGGAAGCAGCAUGCCAGAUGACUUAGGAAAUUCAUCUGCUCUGCAAAAUCCAAAGCGCAUUACGCUCAAUACAAUUGUGACAGAGUACUUGACCAACCAGCACUCAUUAUGUAAAAAUCCUGUCACCACAUGCCCACAGUUCGACCUGUACGAGCCGCACAAGUGCCCGGAUCCGAGACCCAGUCGCUUGCAUAGCUUCAACUAUAAUCUAGCGUCACGUCAUUUUCGCACUCAGGCAGGCUUUCCCACAGCGAGCUACGAUCGUCGACAUGUGCAUACACACUUUGCACCCUGGCGCACAAUUCGAUCGGCGGAUUUCGAAGAUAUGGGGUUCACCUGUUGUGAUAUUGUACCGAAUUCAAAGUUUGUGAUCGUUGGCACACAUCAGGGCGAAGCCAAAGUUUUCAACAUCAAUGAUGGGGUUGAGCAAUUUUCUUCAAUUUGUCACACAUAUAGCGUGAAUUCCGUAAAGGCAAACUGCAGUGGAGAGCUGGCACUAACUACUACCCUUUGGCGUUCACCCCAAACCAUUUUAUGGUCCAUUCGGAACAACGAAUUUCAGUCCAAACUAAGGCUGGCCGAAGUUACACAUUGCGAAUUCAGCCAGGCAUCGCAGGAUCGAUUGUUGGGAACCCUGAACGAGUGCGCUGUACUUUAUGAUAUUAACACGGGCUCUAAAGUCUCGACAUUUACGCCUACCAUACCGAAUCUAUAUACACAAAAUCGUGCCACGCUCUGUCGCACCGAUGAGCUCUUGCUAUCAGAUGGCGUGCUCUGGGACGUCCGCUCCUGCAAGGAGAUACACAAGUUUGACAAAUUCAAUCAGAAUAUAUCUGGUGUUUUUCAUCCCAAUUGUCUCGAGAUCAUUGCCAAUACCGAAGUCUGGGAUCUGCGUACUUUUCACUUGUUGCAAACGGUGCCAGUAUUGGAUCAGCGCAAGGUCACGUUUUCGCCCAUGAAUGUUAUCUAUGGCGCUACUUUAGGCUCCGAUCAGGAUCAAGACACGGACACAACAGCCUACGAUACUAGGUCCAGCUUCAACGUGCUAGAUGCAUAUGACUACUCGAGCAUUGCGACAAUCGAUGUGAAGCGCACUAUCAACGAUCUGAGCGUUAGCGGAAAUGGAAGUCUUAUUGCGGUGGUGGAGGAUCACAGCGUGUACGAUUCAAAACAGGAGACCUACGUGAAGAUCUACGCAGUGGGCAUCAAGAAAAGCGAGCGCUCGGAAGAGGUGCGUGCUGCGGAUGAAGCUAUCGAUCGAAGCGGUGCGCCCCAGGCGCAAGAACCAAACUCAGAUAAUAGUCGGGCUAGAGAUCGCAUUAUAGCCGCGACCGCUGAACGUAUUAGCCACAAUAUCCCCGAACGCGGCAUUUUGAUCAGAGUCGAACUUCCAAACGACCGUGCUGCUGGGGCUGAGGAAAUUGUGGUUGGCGAUGAUCUCAAUAACGGCACCGGUAACCGUGCCGGUCCUCGUCGUGUGCCCAAUCUGGCUCGCCCGCUUGCAGCCAACAACUCAAUUGUUGGUGUGCGGAGGCGGGCUCGUACAUUACGCGCAGGCCUGGGUGCGGCAGUCUUCGAUCUGAGACAGGAAGAUGAUGAGGAGGUGCCCGAAUCCGAUGAAGAGGGUUCUGAUACGGGAUCUGAAAAUGCAUUUGCCCUAGGCCCGAAUUUCUUAGGCUUCCCCUUGCGUAGUCGCCGCUUUGUUACAAAUGAUGGCGAUGAUAACGAUGAUGAUGACAAUGAUGAUGACAGUGAUGAUGAUGACGACGACGAUGAUGAUUUGGAUGACGAUGAUGACGAGGAGAACGAAGACGAAGAUUCAUCUAUCACAAUAGAAUUUGAAGCGAGCGAUGAUGGAUUUUAAGUUAAAGUACCUCCACCAUUCGUCUGCUCCAAGUUAUCCCAUUUAUCCCAUGUGCGUCUCGUUAUUCUGUCCACAUGUCGUCCCCAAGAGUUAAGGUUACCGUCGAAACAUAAAGCGCUAAAAAUACAUGGAUUCUAAAAUUGUCCAAUUUACAAAUUUUUCGAUAAAUAUUUAUGUAUGUAAAAUAAUAUUUUUAAGCCGUUGCUUUAAACUGUUGCUGCUAUUAAAGCGAUAUAAUGUUUUAUAAAAGCUCGUAAAUUCAAAAUGUACAAAGCAUAAUAAAAUAAUAAGGACCAUCAACGGUCUAAAAUUUAAA